GACGAUAGCUCCCUCCGUCGGUCUACGAUCGUCCCAGAGCUUACUUGAGGACAAAAUGUCGACAUUCUUGGGGAUCGUCGGUUGCGGUUUUCGCGCGCUCCAUUCCAGUCGAGAAGCGGGUGUUUUUCGGAGUUCCUUCGGCCUCUUGGCAUCUUAGGUUUGUAGCUUCAAUGUUCUCGAUACGCGAUAGAUAUUCCCUGGUCUGUAAACAUUCUGCUCUCGCGUUCUGCAAGAGACGACUGCCGAUUCUUACUCCUGUCAUAGGCGAAAUCUAUCAGGGACGUCUAUGGUCAGGUGCACGUUGCAUGAUCGUCACCGUAGGCCCUGAUGAGGUCAGUCGAGAGUUGGGUGUCGUAGCCGACGGCACGCGCGACGCUCAGUCCAAUCGAGUAUUCGCCCAAUAAAUUGGGCCACAGAGACAAUUCAAUCUGCGAGAAUACGUUCGCGUCUCUCGCCUGGGAUCCCAUAGAGUAACGAUGCUCCCGCUCGAUGAGAACUCAAGGCUGCCGGCUAGGAAUCUCCAAAGCCUGUGGUCUUCAGUAUCGCGCUUGGUGUUUUUCGUCGAGAACAUCGACGCGGAGUUCGCCGUGAUGAGGGACGGAGAUGUUUCCCUCCCUCCCCCUGGAGGUUGGACCGAAAGAUUAUACUACGCGACGACAUAUGAUCCGGAAGAACCGAUCGGAGGGAGUGGCGAACCCUCCGAUCGAAAUUCGAAGGAACGUUGUGUCAAGUAUGCGGCUUUCGGGGGGAUGUGCGGGCUCGGUCUAGUGGCCGUGGCGCUCAUCGCGAUGAAUCUCCUGUGGAAGAUUCCUGACGUCGACAUUGGCAAGAACCACACCACACGCUAGGUCGGAAGAAGUUCCCAACAUCACCAUAUACGCUUCCUGAAGACCCGAAUGGAUGCGAGUGUGAAUAGAUGUUUUACGAAGUCAUCACAUAACUGGAGACAAUCCUAGCAAUCCUUUCUCACCCAUGUUGAUUCCACGAUGAAAACCGUUUUCGAUGGACUAAUUCGUAGGCCUUUUCUCUCUAGAUAAGCUCCAACCAUGUCCAGCAUAUUUCGCAUCUAAUUCCUGAGGCUGCGAAGAGCCGGAAAUACGCUGAGCUGAAACUGAAUACCAUUUCAGUCCGCUUGCAUUCGAAACAAUGGGAGGGCCCGGUUCCUUGACCGUGGCUCUGAUCACCCAGGUCGGUGAGGCUCUGGAGAAGGCGCCGGCGACGAGCGACUGGGGCGAUUCUUCGCCCAGAGAUUGUCGCUCGAUGUCCAACGCGGAUGCGCUGCGUCGGUGCUCGGCACCAUGAGCAGCUGGCGCCGGCCGGCCUGGUGGGAGGACUUAGACU